AUGAUAUAUUUUAAUUGUAAAUUACAAUUAUCUGAAAUGCCAUUAAAAAGUUUUUAUCGUUAUGUUUAUGAUACAAAUUUACAAGAAAUGCCUAGUGCUAUAUUUCGUCAUGUACCUGAAACACCUAUAUUAACAUUAGAUAUGGUUACACCAGAAUCAUGGAUGGUUGAAGCUGUUACAUCACCUUAUCAUUUGGAUAAUAUAUAUUUAGAAGAUGUACCUGUUGGUGUUUUAACAAAUUUUGAAUUACAAUAUUUAUUAAUUAAAGGACAAUGUUUUGAUGAAACACAAAGUUAUUCUCGAGAUUUACAAUUAAUUUUGGGUACAAAUAAAACAAAGAAUAUAUUUGUUACAAUUGUUAUGUCUAAUCUUGGCUAUUUUCAAUUAAAAGCAUAUCCAGAUGUAUGGCAUUUAAAUUUACGUGAAGAACGUUCUGAUGAAAUAUAUCGAAUGGCUAAAAUUCAAACUCGAUAG